AUGGUGCUCCAAGGUCCUUUGUUCGAUUACAACACAAAACCUUAUCUAAAUAAGCUCUUUUCCUUAUCUAAAUCUUGUUUGUGCAUCCUUAUCUCUUAUCUCCUUGAGCACCUUCCUAAAGAGAUAACUUCUAACACAAGUUGGAAUUAUCCAACAGCAGACCGUGUUUUUGUUAACGGAAAGUUCUGCAAAGACCCAAAGCUCGCGACCGCGGAUGACUUCUCUUUCUCAGGGCUUCACAAUGCAAGACCCGUAAAUAAUGCAGUCAGAUCAAAUGUGACAGCCGUCAAUGUUAACAAACUUCCAGGGUUAAACACCCUUGGAAUCUCACUUGUCCGUAUCGAUUAUGGAAUUGGCGGACAGAACCCACCUCACACCCAUCCACGUGCCACCGAGAUCUUGGUUGUCGGGGAAGGAACACUUCUAGUUGGGUUUGUAACAUCAAACCCAGACAAUCGCCUCAUCAGCAAAACACUCAACGCAGGUGAUGUAUUUGUGUUUCCAGAGGGACUCAUCCAUUUCCAAGCAAACAUUGGUCAUUCACCAGCGGUUGCAUUCGCCGCUCUAAGCAGCCAGAACCCAGGUGUCAUCACUAUUGCCAACACCGUGUUUGGGUCUAACCCAGCCAUAAACCCAAAUAUUCUUGCAAGGGCGUUCCAGUUGGACCCUAGAAUUGUCGUGGAUCUACAGGGCAAGUUCAAGAAAUAAUAACGUCGUGGUUUGAAUUGCUUUGAUUUUUAUUUACUUCUGCCUGAAUAUGGAUCUUGUAUUUCCGUUC